CGUGAUCCACCCGGGUCGCCACCGCCACGCCCGCUCGCCUCCGGGUCCGGCUCGGAGACCUCUUCCGUUUCCGCCGCCCCAGCCUCUCGUCUCCGGCUGCUCUUCCCGUGUUCCCCUCCUCCUCUCCUCCGCCCCUUGGCCCACCAAGGUUCUCAGAUUCGACGCGACGUCUAUUGGCUUGGCUCAGCUCGGUCCGCCUUGGCUGUCGACUUGGAUCUCGGCGGCGCUCAAUCCGUCUGCACUAGCUACUGAGCCAUGGCGGCCGCGGACUCCGACCCCGCCAUCACCUCCUCCACCUGCGCGCACUGUCAGCGGGAAAUUCCAUCUUCAAACAUCACAUUGCACAGCGCGCACUGUGCUCGGAACCUUCAGAAGUGCGAGCAUUGCGGAGAUAUGGUUCCAAGGAAGCUCAUGGAUGAACACUACGAUGAGAGCCAUGCUCCAAUGAAUUGUUCACUGUGCAAAUGCACAAUAGAACGUGAGCUAUGGGAUCUUCAUACAAGCAUACAAUGCCCGCAAAGGAUGCUCGCAUGCCAAUAUUGUCAGUUUGAACUACCUGUGGUUGAUCUUCUUGAGCAUCAGGAUGUAUGUGGGAAUCGGACAGAAUAUUGUCAACCUUGCAGGAAGUACAUCAGACUUCGUGAAUGGAUUGGACAUGAACUCCAGUUCCAUACGAGCUCAAAUACUGCUGCAGAACUUUCAAGUGACGGCGCUCCUGAAGCAGCAGAGCAUCCAGUACCAAAGCCAGCGCGACCGGCUGCUCAUGGUUCACAUCGCAAACAUCUGCUCUUGACAAUUGCAAUAGCUGGACUAGCAGUUUUGAUUGGAUCAAUACUGUACCAAAGGAAGGGACAGUAGUGCUAGGGAGGUACAGUCAUUUGACGUACCUUGAUGUAUAAAUACCCUCGUAAUCAAUAAUACAGUUUAGACCACAGUUGGGGGGAACGAAAAUGGAAAGAAAAGAAAGGGACAUCUGAACUUAGUUGUGAAUGGACCAGAUCAGACAAUGUUUUGUGCUCA